AUGAAAUCCAGCUCUCUCGACACCAUGGAAGAGACCAAGUUCUCGCUACACGAACACCUACGGAAGCAGUGCCUUGAGCUUACACCAGACGGAAGCUUUGUACGAUGGACACGAGACAACCCGAAACAUCCAAGGAACUGGCCUAUUCUUCGAAAGACAUACGAUACUGGGCUUAUUUGCGUGUUGGAUCUUUUUAUAACUGCUAGCAGCACUGCAGGAGCGGCGGCGGCGGCACAAGCCAAGCAUGAAUAUCAUUUGGACCAUACCUUUGCAACCUUUUGCUUUGUGACGCUGUUCCUUCUUGGUCAGUCAAUGGGCACGAUUGUGUUUCCACCAUGGUCUGAAUCCUUCGGGCGCAAAAGGAUGUACAUUUUUAGCAGUGGCCUGAGUUGUGUUUGCUGUCUCAUUAUUGGGCUUGUACGCUCACUGAGUGGGACUAUUAUUAUGCGAACACUGGCCGGGUUGCUGUCGGCAGUCCCUGGGACUAUCGCGGGAGGUAGCAUCGAGGACAUGUUCAACUCACAGGCACGUAUUUGGGUUGUCUUCUUCUGGACAGUAGCGUCAAAUAUUGGAUUGAUCAUUGGACCGAUAAUGAGUAGUCAUAUCACUGAAAUUCUCAAUUGGAGAUGGGUCUUCUAUACAUACGCCAUAAUACUCGGAGGCAUAACCGGCCUCCUGUGUCUUAUUCGAGAAUCCCGAUCGUCCUAUAUACUAACUCGCGAAGUGAAUCAAAUGCGAAGUGAGAUCCCAGGAAUACCUCCACCAUUGAACCAUGACCACUCCCCCGAUCUGCGCACCUUCGUCAAAGAGGCUCUUUUCCGCCCUGCACAGCUGUUCUUCCAGGAGCCAAUAAUUUUCACAAUCGCGAUGAUGAUAUCUGUCGCCAUGUCUAUCAUCUAUAUUUUCACCGAGGCUUUACAGCCCAUCUAUCAGUCCAUGGGGUUCUCUGCAUCACAGGCCUCUCUCAUAUUCAUGGCUAUCGGUCUCGGUACAUGCAUCAGCACAUUGACUCGCAUCUUGGACAGCCAUAUCUUUAAACAACGCAGACUUCAAGGCAAGCCUAUCAGGCCAGAAGAUAAGCUUGUGGGCUUGGCACUUGGUGCUCCCUUCCUGGCUAUCGGUCUGUGGUGGUUCGGCUGGACUAUUCCUCCCAAGACACCAGGCCCGAAUACGCCUUGGAUCGUGCCAACACUCUCCCUUGUACUCGUCGGGUACGCAUUAACGGAAAUGGACACCGUGCUAUAUGGUUAUAUAUCAGAUAGCUAUCUUAGCUACUCAGCCAGUGCUACGGCUGCCGUGGCAUUCCUCAGAGGCAUGCUUUCGGGGGUAUUCCCCCUCUUCACAAAUCAGAUGUUUAACGGAUUGGGAGCCAAUAUUGCCAUCUCUGUUUUGGCGGCGGUGGCAACUGUAUUCUGCAUUGUGCCUCCGUUGUUUUUGUGCUAUGGGGAGAGAAUUCGACAAAGGAGUCGAUUUGCAAGGUAUAGCUGGGAAAUACAAGAGGAAAUGGGAAAGGACGAGUAUGACAUUUGA